UAUACAACAACACAUGUGCACAGAAUUUAUUCAAAUAGUAGAUUCUUCUAUACCAAAUUAUUAUAUACCACCAACUAUUGUAUCUCAUCAACAAAACUCACUGCCUAUAAUUACUGCUUGUCGAUGCUCACUUGAAAAAAAUAAUCAUUCUUCUAGCCACACAACUUUAGAAUUAAAAAUAAAAGAACAAGACGAUAAUCAUGAUAAUUUACCAGGCACUUCUAAAUCAUUAGUUGAUGAAUUCAAAUCAGCAGAUUCUUCGCCUGCUUCACCUAUACCAACUCCAAUAGAAUCAGUGACCCCUUUAUCAAUAUAUACUCAUAAACUACCAAGUAAUUUCUUCUCCUCCAAUUCACCACCACCCCCUAUUUCACCUAUCAGCUUACUCGCUUCAAAACAAAACUCACCUCUUUCUUCUCCUCGAAUUCAUCCAAAGGCAACAAAAUCAUGUCCAGUUGAAUCUAUUGAAAAAUGUAUAGAAAAACUUUCACUCAUAAGCGAGAAUGAGAUAUCCCAUUCAACAACAGGCACUGGUUUGACUUCAUCGCAUGACUCUGUCAACAAAUCAAAUCAUAAACUCUCAUUACAUGACUUUGAAAUAAAACAAACAGUAGGCACAGGUUCCUCUGCUCGUGUUCAUUUAGCAAAAAGCAGAAAUAAUAAUAAAUAUUACGCAAUUAAAGCCAUUAAUAAGAAAGAUCUUAUAACAAAACGUCAAUUAGAGCACGCUAAUAAUGAAAGAACUAUUUUGGAAAAAGUCUCUCAUCCAUUUUUAGUAAAACUUUGGGGUAGUUUUCAAACUGAAAGUCAUGUUUUCUUAGUUAUGGAUUAUAUCCCGGGUGGAGAAUUGUUUCGACUCAUACGUAAGAAAAAGAGGCUUACAGAGGAUGAAGCUAAAUUUUAUGCUGCAGAAGUAACUUUGGCUCUUGAAUAUCUUCAUAAUAGGAAUACUGUUUACCGUGAUUUAAAGCCUGAAAAUAUUUUAAUUGAUCAUCGUGGACAUAUAAAGUUAACUGAUUUUGGAUUUGCUAAAGAAAUAAGUGAUGUUACUUGGACAGUAUGUGGUACACCAGAUUACAUUGCACCCGAAAUUAUUCGAUCCAAGGGCUCUACAAAAGCUGUAGACUGGUGGAGUCUUGGUAUCUUGAUUUAUGAAAUGAUCUCAGGUUAUCCACCAUUUACUGCAGAAAAUCCUGUUGAUCAAUACCAAAAGAUUCUUGAGGGUAAUAUUACAUGGCCAAAUCAUAUGAGUCCUGAAGCUAAAGAUUUAAUACAAAACCUAUUGAAAACAAAGCCUUCUGAAAGAUAUGGUAAUUUGAAAGAUGGUAGCGAUGAUAUUAAGAAUCAUUCAUGGUUUAAGGAUAUCAACUUUGAGAACCUUGUUACUCGAAAUGUUACUGCACCAUUUAUUCCAGAACUUAAUCAUGAUGGUGAUACCCGUUGUUUUGCUUAUUAUGAAGAGCCACCACUACCUUACCAUUUGAUACAAACAAAUGAUUCUUAUUGCACUCAUUUUGCAGGCUUUUAAUCCUAUAUUUAUUACUACUAUAUAAUCUUAUACAUAAUAAUUUUUCAUUGUAAAUAGUUCUAAUAAACACAAUUAUAUCCUUUUUUUUAGAAAAAAAAAAUCGUGUAAUAACAAGGCAAACUAUUAAUAUAAAAUAAAGUUUCUUUCUC